AUGGCCGACUUUGGACCUCGUGCCCCCCAUGGGCCCGAUAUGUCGGGGAGUCACAAUCCCCUCGAGGACAUGGAUCAUCACGAGAAGGGUGCUUUCGACGCGCUGAUUCGCCCCGAUGACAGCUAUACCCCAGACGGUACCUACUGGGCCGAUUUGCCCCUCUUCCAGAAGCUCAAGUUUGUGAGCUCCUACGAUGCGAAGGAAGCCAAGCGUGAACUAAGCGGCAUUUGGGAAAUGACCAAGCAAGAUCCCUUGUCGCCCAUCUCCUAUUACUUCCGGAACAUGGUGCUUCCCGGUGCUGGUCUCGGUCUGGAGGGGUAA